AUGAAAGAAUUAUCGUAUGACAGACUAGCUCUUCAAAGGGAACAUGAUGGUUAUGUAAAGUGUUUAACUGCCGAACAGGAAAGGAUAUAUAAAAUUGCUAUGGAAGUGAUUGAAAAAGGUGAUGGAGGUGUGUUUUUUGUAUAUGGUUAUUGUGGAACUGGAAAGACGUUUCUUUGGAAGACAUUCUCAACUGCAUUACGAUCAAAAGGUGAAGUUGUAUUGAAUGUUGCAUCCAGUGGAAUUGCUUCACUUUUGCUGGAUGGUGGUAGAACUGCUCAUUCAAGAGCAACAUUGAUUAUUUGGGAUGAAGCACCUAUGACUCACAAGCAUUGUUUCGAGGCUCUUGAUAGAACAAUGAGAGACAUAUCACGUUCCAGUCAACCGAACAUGCAAUCCAAGCCGUUUGGGGGAAAGGUCAUUCUAUUUGGUGGUGAUUUUAGUCAAAUUCUUCCGGUCAUCCCUAAAUGUACCAGAACAAUGAUAGUCAAUGCUUCUUUGAAUUCUUCUUAUAUAUGGCGGCACUGUCAAGUACUAAAGCUAACUGAGAAUAUAAGAUUAAGAGUUGGUUCUCAGGAAGCAGAUUUGAAGGAAAUAAAGGAAUUUGGAGAAUGGAUUUUAAAGCUUGGUGAUGGUCUGCUUGGUGAAGAAAAUGAUGGUGAGAUUGAUAUUGAAAUAACAGAUGAUUUACUUAUCCAUGACCAAGUCAAUCCUAAAUCUUCUCUCAUUUCAUUUAUAUAUCCGGACAUGAAUAAGUUUUUGUGGGAUUUAACGUAUUUCCAACAAAGAGCGAUUCUUGCUCCAACUAAUGAAGUAGUGGAUUCAAUAAAUAAAGAGUUGUUAGAGAGUCUUCCCAGUGAAGAAAAGGUUUAUUUUAGUUCAGACAGUUUAUGCCAAUCGGAGGAAGAAUCAGAGCUUAAUAUGGCAUUGUUUCCUCCUGAUGUGUUAAACAAUCUUCGUUUAUCUGGUUUACCUAACCAUAAAUUAGUACUGAAACUUGGUGCUCUGGUGACGUUACUCAGUAACAUUGAUCAGGCAAAUGGAUUGUGUAAUGGUACACGUUUACAAGUCACGAAGCUCGGAAAAGUUGUGAUUGAAGCAAAAAUUAUCACAGGGACUAAUAUAGGUCAUCAUACUUUGAUUUCAAGACUGAAGAUGACACCUUCUGAUAAAAGAAUACCAGUGAAGAUUUAUCGAAGAUAA